GGCAGCCGGCUCAGCCACAGUGACCGCCGGGGCUCCGACUGUCCCCCAGGGCCCCUUCGUGGACCCCAUGCACGACCUCCUCAUCUGGGCCAUCGUCCAGAACCACCGCGAGCUGGCCGAGAUCAUCUGGGCUCAGAGCCGGGACAGCAUCGCGGCCGGCCUGGCCUGCAGCAGGAUGCUGAGGGAGCUGGCCAGGGAGGGGCUGGACGCCAAACGCCUGGACGCCACAAGGGCGCUGGCCAACGAGUUCGAGAGCAAGGCCAUCGGGGUCUUCACCGAGUGCUGCCGGGAGGACAGGGAGCAGGCGGAGAAGCUGCUGACACGCGUGUCCGAGGCCUGGGGCGGGAGCACCUGUCUGCAGCUGGCCCUGGACGCUGGCGCCAUGCAGUUCAUGGCCCAGGGGGGCGUCCAGGCCUACCUGACCAAGGUGUGGUGGGGCGAGCUGCAGGAGGACACGGGGUUGUGGCGGGUGGCCCUGUGCCUGCUGACCUUCCCGCUGCUCUGCACCAGCCUGGUGACCUUCAGGGACUCGAAGCUGCGGUCGGCGUCGAGUCUGCGGCGCGUGCGCGCCUUCUUCAACGCGCCGGUGGUCACCUUCCUCCUCAACAUCCUGUCCUACUUCGCCUUCCUCUGCCUGUUCGCCUACGUGCUCAUGGUGGACUUCCAGCCCACGCCCUCCUGGAGCGAGCGCUUCAUCUACCUCUGGGUCUUCUCGCUGGUGUGCGAGGAGCUGCGGCAGCUCUUCUACAGCCCCGACGGCAGCGGGCUGGCCAAGAGGGCCUCGGUGUACUUCGGCGACUUCUGGAACAAGCUGGACGUCACGGCCAUCCUGCUGUUUGUGGCCGGGCUGGCCUGCCGGCUCCUGCCCGCGCUGCUGUACUCGGGCCGCGUGCUGCUGGCGCUGGACUUCAUCCUGCUGUGUCUCAGGCUCCUGCACAUCUUCACCGUCAGCCGCAUGCUGGGACCCAAGAUCAUCAUCCUCAAGAGGAUGAUGAAGGACAUCUUCUUCUUCCUCUUGCUGCUGGCCGUGUGGGUGGUGUCGUUCGGAGUGGCCAAGCAGGCCAUCCUCAUCCACAACGAGAGCAGGACCGACUGGCUCUUCCGGGGCGUCCUCUACCACUCUUACCUCACCAUCUUCGGCCAGAUCCCCCCCUACAUCGAUGGCGUGGACUUUGACCCGGAUCACUGCAGCCCGGACGGCUCGGACCCCUAUAAGCCCAAGUGCCCCGAGAGCGACCCCUCGCUGGGGGAGCCGGCCUUCCCGCAGUGGCUGACGGUCACGCUGCUCUGCCUGCACCUGCUGGUGACCAACAUCCUGCUUCUCAACCUGCUCAUCGCCAUGUUCAACUACACCUUCCAGGAGGUGCAGGAGUGCACCGACCAGGUGUGGAAGUUCCAGCGGCUGCACCUGAUCCAGGAGUACCAGGCCCGGCCCCCCGCACCCCCGCCCUUCAUCCUGCUGGGCCACCUGCAGCUGCUGUUUCUGAGGCUGGUGCUGAAGGUCCCCCCCCAGAGGCACAGACAGUUCAAUAACAAGCUGGUGGAGACGGAGGAGGCCCCGCUGCUGUCCUGGGAGGCCUACCUGAAGGAGCACUACCUGCAUGGGCUGCAGUCGCAACGGCAGCAGAGCCUGGAGCAACGCGUCAGGGACAUCGGGGACAAGGUGGAUGCUAUGAUGGACCUGCUGGAGGUGGAGCGGGGGAGGCGCUGGGGCUCUUCAGAGCAGAGGCCGGCCUCCCUGGAGGAGCAGGUGGCCCGGGCAUCUGGGGUUCUGCUUCGUAUCACCCAGACCCUGCGGAGUGCCGGCCUGGUCUCGGAGGGGGACGUCCCGUGCCUGGCACCCCGGAAGGGCCCAGAGGAGCAGGAGCAGGAGCAGGACCCGGCCCUGGAGAGCAGGCUGCUGGAGGAGGACCCCACUGACACCCACCACAUCAGCGCCCGCCAGCUCCUGUACCCCAGCUCCUCCGUCGAGCGCUUCCCCGUACCCAACGAGAAAGUUCCCUGGGAGGAGGAAUUCCUCAUCUACAACCCGUCCUUCUACACCGCCGAGAAGAGCGGCCCCGUGGACCCUGACGGCAGCAACCGGGCACUGCUGGGCCAGAUACUCUACAACGCCGUGGACGGGGCUGUGGACCGCAGGAGUUUCCACGGGCCGUACGAGGUGCAGGACGGGCUCCCACGGAACCCCAGGGGCCGCACGGGGCUGCAAGGCCGGGGGGCGCUCAGCCGCUUUGGACCCAACCACAAGCUGCAGCCCGUGGUCACCCGAUGGCGGAGGAACCAGGACGGGGUCAUCUGUAGGAGGAACUUCAGGAAGGUGCUGGAGGUGCUGCUGCUGACAUCCCAGCAGUCUGAGCCCUGGGCCCUGCCGGGGGGCUCCCAGGACCCAGGGGAGAUGCUGCCACAGAAAUUCAAGGCAGUGAUCCCUGGAGAGCUGCACAAGGCCUUUGGGAACCUGCUGGACCAGGGCACCCAGGUCUACAGAGGCUAUGUGGACCACCCCCGGAACACAGACAACGCGUGGGUCGAAAUGGUGGCGGUCAGCAUCCACUUCUCCAGCCAGAAUGACGAGACCUUGUGGAAGCUGAACCAGUACCUGAAGGGCCUGUCGGACCCGCCGGGCGGCAAGCGCAAUGUGGAGGUGUGCUGGCAGCUGGUGGACAAGCAUAUCCCACUCUACCCUGACCACAAGGCCAUCCUGCGCAAGGUGGCCACGCACUACGAAGCCCACUACUGAGCCGGCCCCCACUACUCCAGGACCCCAGACCCAGUGCCCCAGGACCCCAGACUCAACUUCUCUGGGACCCCCAGACUCAGUUGUUGUGGGGCCCCAGACCCACUGCCUUGAGACCCCCAGACUCAGCUUCCCCAGGACCCCCACACUCAGCUGCCCCGGGACCCCCAGACUCAGCUGCACCGGGACCCCCAGACUCAGCUGCCCCAGGACCCCCAGACUCAGCUGCACUGGGACCCCCAGACUCAGCUGCCCCAGGACCCCCAGACUCAGCUGCCCCAGGAUCCCCAGACUCAUCUUCCCCAGGACCCCCAGACUCAGCUGCACUGGGACCCCCAGACUCAGCUUCCCCAGGACCCCCACACUCAGCUGCACU